GCGGAUAAUCAAGAAUCAUGCAGAGUCUAUAUCCAGCCUUUGGAGCCCCGGCUUAUCCAUAUGGACUUUAUUAUAAUCCGACUUUGGACAUCAACAGAGCUUAUGCUAUGAAAAUGAUCGAAGAUCUCCAAAGACGAGAACAGCCACAGAAACCCCCGUACUCCUACAUCGCCUUAAUAGCAAUGGCCGUAAAAGCCGCGCCAGACCGAAAAGUCACCUUAAACGGAAUCUAUCAGUUUAUUAUGGAACGGUUUCCUUAUUACCAUGACAACAAACAGGGAUGGCAGAAUUCGAUCCGACAUAAUUUGAGUUUAAAUGACUGCUUUGUGAAAGUUCCACGAGAGAAAGGGAAACCCGGUAAAGGAAAUUACUGGACCUUGGAUCCUAACUGUGAAGAGAUGUUUGAAAACGGAAACUAUCGUCGUCGGAAGCGACGGGUUAAAGGAGUAGGUUGCAGACUCGGUGACAACUUGAGUGACAGAUCGGACGGUGCUGAAACAUCAUCCUCUUGUGAUCUAGAUAUCAACUAUAAAAGUGUCGAUCAAUUGUCACUGACGAAUGAAACCAACAACAGUAGUGAAUUUCAGGACGAUGAAAUUAAGCCAUCAGACGACAGUUUGAGUCCCAGGGCAGAACAUUCACGUGUUGUAAGCGAAGAUUUGGAAGGAACAGCCCCUCUUGCAGCCUCUACCCCCAAUUCCUUAAAACGUCCAGCAGUAUUUAGCAUUGAGAGCAUCAUUGGCACAAGUAAUCGUACCCAUACGUCCCCGAUAGAGGAACCCAACAAGCGUGUCCGCAGAGAAGAAAAAUCGACAAAUGAUAUUUUUGACAAAAUUCCAAGUCCGCCACCAAAAGUCGUUGAUUUGAAAUCUAUGCCUAAUUCUCUACCGGUGUCACUCAUACCAGGACUUUUUGAAUCGCAAUUCGAAUUUCAAAGAUCUAUGUUAAAUGGUAUUAGUUCAGCGAGUAAUAACAUGUUAGAUCUAGCAGGGGGUCGAACAGGGAUCGCCAACUAUCCCUUUCCUCUUAGUGUUAACGGUUUGAACUAUGGACAGUUUGGUCCUCGAAGCGUUUCGCAUCCAUAUAGUGCUUGGAGUUCGCUACCUUCACUGCAAUCACAUCUCCGAUAACAG